AUGUUUCCACACCAGGGCGGUCAAGGCCAGCUCCCCACGCACUGGCAACCGCCAACGUCACAGCAGCCUGCCAAUGGCGCAUAUCCGCCGCCUGCUCAUAUGAACUCGAACCUCCCUCCUCCUCCCCAAGAACCCCGUCCGGACAUGGCCCAUCAACAACACCCACCACAGUACCCCCAGCCCUAUCGCCUGCCCGGUCCCAAUGAGUGGACUCGCGGCCCGCCCUCCCAGGACCCAUAUCGCCAGCAAGCCCCUCCACCGCCGCAAUAUGUCCAGCAGCACCACCAGCCGCCUGCGCCACGCCAGCGCACUGCCAUUGCCUGUCGGUACUGCAGGCGUCGCAAGAUUCGCUGUUCGGGUUUCGAGGCCACCGAAGACGGCCGCUGCUCGAAUUGCAUGCGAUUCAACCAAGACUGCAUCUUCACGCCUGUCUCGGCUCAGACCCAGGCCUUUGUGCCUGCACACACGGUAUGGCGCGGCGUUGGCCAGCCUCCGCCCAUGUACGGCGCAUAUGGCCAGCCUCUUCCCCCGGCUAGCCACGCAGAGGCAUUCGGACAGCCCGCGCGUCCGCAGCCGUAUUUGCCAAGUCCCACUGCAGGUCCGUACUCUGCUCACUCUGAACAUGGUCCGCCAGGUACGCCUCAAGAGGAGGCAGCCCGUGAGGCGCUGAUGGGCAGGAAGAGGCUCCAUCCCGAGCCUCACACUCCUACCCUGCCGCCGCCACCACCUGGCUCAGCCUCACAGGCAGCUCCUCGUCGAGGCCCUAGCUCAGACUAUGUAUAUCCAGAGCCACAGUCUCUAACUUCGGCUGCUUCUACAGCAAACCCUUCUACUCCCUACGCGUCUGGCCCGCCCCCUCCCCAGCCAUACUACACCGCACAACCCCCUCGUCAGGGCUCACCGCAGAGCGCCUACCGUUACGAACCGAGCCGAUCGUCUUCCUCGCCCCAUUCCCAAGCGCCCACCACACCGGGCGCCCCUCCUACCCCCUACUACGCCGCUCCACCGCAGCCCAACGGCGCCCUGCAGCCGCCUCCGCCACCGCCGCGCAGUGAUGGCAGGACGCCGCCUCCUCCCCCUCCGACGACCACGUCCUCGACAGCUACAAGCAGGCCUAGCAUGCGCAUCAACGACCUUGUUACGGAUAAUGGAAAUGGACGCACGUCGACUGAUUCUUCCAUGCUGAAUAUGCUCAACCGUCGACCCAUGUAG